AUGGCGGCCUUCGACAGACAUUCUAACAACGUGAUCGUCUCGCUUGGAGCUCAGUAUGAUCUGGACAACCUGAUCGUAUUGGUCGACUCUGGCGACGAGACCGAGAAUGAUAUCGCCUCGCUCGAUCCUGACGGGGCGGGCGGAAAAGAGGUCAUCUCGCUCGAUUCCGAUGACAAUGAGAAUGAUGCCGUCUCGCUCGAAUUGGAAAGCGACAUCGGGAACGUUUCGAUUGGCGACCCUGACUUUCGCAUACUCUCCGCGGCCGAGUUCAGGAAUCUGGGAAGCAGAAGCGCGAGGGAAGAGAUGGACUUCCGUGCCUCUUGUCGGCUUCAAAGCUCGCAAAUCUGUCGGAGCCCGCAAGGGUUGCAUCUCGUGGUUGGAAUGUGUGUCGAGCUCAAAGAUCGGGACUUUCUCUUCAUCGAGCGGAUCGUGCCGGUCUCAUGUUCACCGACAGCCUCGAGGAUCCGAGGGAUCCUGCUGCGACGGAAUCGUCAACUGAGACACCUUCUUCAAGCACACCGCAAUGAGGUCUCGGCCAUCUUGGACAGUACUGGUGGAAGUUCUGAUCCGUCGAUCCGCGGCUCGUCGGUCAUCCGCUCUGCGGCAGAUGUGUCGGCAGUGCGCGAGCUCAUCGUCACAAACGCCCCCUACCCAGCCUUUUGCUCGCCUCGCGCAGACUACGACGGGAGAGCCCACUUCGAAAGCGACGCACGAAUCGUCUGUCGGCACAAGUAUAUCGAUUACAAGCGGAUCGGCCGCAAGCACGAUGGCGCCAUAAUAACCCUCACAGAAGACGACGUCGAUUCGGUCCGUGGCAGGACGAUGCCGAAUAUCGAACAGAAUGUCAUCUGGACGUCGCCGGAAAUGUUCGACCUCACCACAACAGACGACGUCAGUUCGAUUCCAUUCCUGCUUCGGCUCCGUAGCGGGAGGAAACAAUACACCUGGGCUGACAUCUGCUCCCGCGGCGGAGGGGCGUCGAGUGCUGCGGACCGGCUUGGUCUGAAGAUCAACUUCGCUGUCGACCACGACGAAGACGCCUGUCGGACAUUUCGCCGAAACUUCCCCGGGGCGAACGUCAUCUGCAAAAGCAUCUUCGAGUUUCUUCAGGGGUCGGGGUUCCGCGUGGACGUCCUGCACAUCUCUUUCCCGUGCCGGACAUUCAGCCGCGCCCACACCGUGCCGGGGAGAAACGACGACGCCAACUCCGCCGUGUGGUCCGCCCUCGGCCCCAUUAUCGAACACUGCCGCCCGCGGACCCUCGUCCUCGAACAGGCGGACGGGAUCUGCGAUGAGCGGCACCGUCCGACCCUCGACGCCUGGAUCCGAGAACUCACGUCCAAGGGCUACUCGGCCCGCUGGUCCAUCCUGAACGCGGCCCGGUGGGGCAACGCCCACGCGCGCAAGCGGCUGUUCAUCAUCGCCUCCUGCCCCGGCGAGCCCCUCCCGGCCUUCCCGCGGCCGACCCACGGCGUGGGCCCCCCGCUCCUCCCCUGGGUCACCAUCGCGGACCGCCUGCGCCUCCUGCCGGCGCACCAGGAGCCGCACAUGCGACAACACCGGCCGAGGGGCGGCCGGCCGUACACGCCGCACCGGCCGCUCGCGCAGUGCAUCACGACCGGCGGCGGCAAGGGCGACCUGCACCCCGACGGCACGCGCACCUUCACCGCCCAGGAGCUCGCUCCGCAGGCAGAUCGGGAACGCGGUGCCGUCGAUGCUGGAGCGGGCCGUCCUCGACGAGGUCAUCGGCAGCAUGCGGCGGUUCGACGAGAAGGUCGCGGCGUGGCGCCCGGAGGACGACGUCAUGGUCAUUGA